AUGUGAAGAUGGGACACACUUUGCUUGGUGUGCUGGGCUUUUUCUCGCUGAAUAUUCUCUUCUACUGCGGACAUGCUCAAGACGUUUUGCUGACCAUUGAGCCAAACUGGUCCACUGUAUUUACUGGAGAGUCUGUUACCUUUAUGUGUGACACGAGGGGAGAAAAAGGUGACAACUGGUUUUACUCGAUCUACAGGGGUGAUGAUGAAUUUAUCUCAAACAACGACAGGGAGAAUCAUACAGUAAAACUUCAAUAUACAGGCUUCAGCGGUGAAUACCAGUGCCGUGCUCACAUUAGGGGCUCCAUAAAAGCAAGUAACAAAGUCUCUCUAACUGUAUCAGACAAAGAUGUGAUCCUGGAAACUCCUGCGUCCUCUCUGUUUGAAGGAGAAUCAGUGACUCUGGGCUGUCGGCAUCGUGACCCAACAAAGAAUAAGAACGCUGUUUUCUACAAAGACGGAUCUGCUGUUGAAAUGGACACAAACCUUCAGUCACAGAUGAUGAAAAACACAGUUCAAGUGAUAUCAGACAGGAGCUCAAGUUACAUGUGUAAAUUUGGGGAUGAAGAAUCUGAACCGAUAAAACUGACAACGGAACCACAACCAAAGGUCCAUCUGAUGGAUAUUCCAGCAGAGGGUAAUGUGACUCUGAGCUGCUCUGUGACAUCAUCAUCAUCAUCUGGUUGGAAAUUCUUCUGGUACAAAGGAGAGAAAACCUCUGAACCUCUGACCAAACAAGAUGCUGUUCUCCUCUCAUCUGGACAAAUCACCGUCUCAAGAGGAGGAGUCUACUGGUGCAGAGGAGGAAGAGGAGAGCCACUUUACUACACAGAGUACAGCCACUCAGUCGUCACUAACAGGGCUGUUGUGUCCCUGCAACCCAACUGGCCUGAGAUAUACUCUGGAGAGACGAUCACACUUACAUGUGAAAUUGAGGACGGAGGAGACACUGAGUGGGAGUAUGAAUGGAGAACAAGCAGCUCAACCACACCUCCAAAAACAAGAGAAUACACAUUUAAACCAUCAAGCAGUGAAUACUACUGGUGUAUGGGUAUCAUAAAAGGUAGAGAGUCUACAACAAAGCUGAGUGAUCGUUUCACAUUGACACCAUCUUCCAAUAAACCUGAACCUGUCCUCACUGUGUCUCCAUCAUGGCUGAGUCCUGGAGACUCAGUGACUCUGAACUGCAGAGUUAAACAUCCAUCAGCAGGAUGGAGGUUCUCCUGGUAUAAGGCUGUUCCCAAACCAUCAGACAACUCCUACAGCUAUGAGCUGCUACCUGACAGCACCACUGGGACUGAACAGGAUUCUUACAUCGUUCAUGGACAAACACACACAGCAGGAUAUGUGUGCAGAGCUGGAAGAGGAGAUCCAGUUUAUCACACUGAUAACAGUCAACCUCAGUUUGUCUGGUCUGGAGAUUUUGGUUCCUCAGCGUCUCUCACAGUGAGUCCUGACAGAGUGCAACACUUCACCUCUGACUCUGUGUCACUGAGCUGUGAGGGAAACUCUACUGAGUGGAGAGUGAGGAGGUUUACUGAUGGCGACCUGUCAGACUGCUCCACCUGGGGGACAAUGACUGGAUCCACAUGCAAAGUGGAUAAAUACUGGCUAAGUGGAGUUUACUGGUGUGAAUCUGGAACAGGAGAGUUCAGCAAUGCCAUCAACAUCACCAUUGAGUACGGUCAUAUCAUCCUGCUGAGUCCUGUCCGUCCUGUGACUGAAGGACGUUCUGUCACUCUCGGCUGCAAGCUGAAGACACAAAAUGAUAUUUAUAAUGUGGUUUUCUAUAAAAAUGGCAAAAUCGUCCAAAAUGACACCAGAGGAGAGCUGAAUAUCUUUGCAGCGUCAAAGUCUGAUGAGGGCUUUUAUAACUGUAAAGGAGAUAAUUCAUCACAAGGCUGGAGUGUGACGUCACCAGAGAGCUGGAUGUCAGUAAAAUCGUCCAGGCCUGAAAACAACCCUCCAUUUCCUGUGCUGUUGGUUGUUGGGCUGGUUGGUGGAGUUUUACUGAUUAUUCUCCUGCUGCUGUUUCUGUUGCUGUGUUGCUGCAGAAAGUCAAAAGACUCCUGCUUUAACAGGUCUCAGAGAUCCAAUCAGAGCCCUGCUACAGACCAGGAUGGAUCUCACUACGCUUCACUUUCACAUGGUGAUCUUUGCCUCUAUGACACAAUCAGAAGACCUGAAGAACCUGAAAAUGACUCUAUAUAUAUUAACAGGUCUCAGAGAUCCAAUCAGAGCCCUGCUACAGACCAGGAUGGAUCUCACUACGCUUCACUUUCACAUGGUGAUCUUUGCCUCUAUGACACAAUCAGAAGACCUGAAUAACCUGAAAAAGAUCAAUAAAGUUAUCUGAGCAGACAAAACCAAUCGAACAGAUGACGGAUAAAAAAAACAUCCUUCUUUGAACAGUUUUUGCAGCUUUUUUGUAAUUAUUACCUGCACUUUUGCUAUUAUUUACAGUGUUUUGUAGUUAACCCAGCAGUUCAUUCAAAGGAAAUGCAUCAUAUGGCUUUAAUAUUCUUUUAUAUUAGUUAAAAAAUGCUAUAUCAUGUGAAAUAUAUGUCAUGUAAUGUAAAAUGUUUGUAUUGAGUGUUUAUAUUCUGUAUUCAUUUGUUUUGUAGAUAACGUUAAAUAGAGGCUGAUUUAAAAAAGCAGCAAAAAGAGUCUGAAGUUUAAAUUAUUAGAGCUUCAGCACCCUAUAAAGUUAGCAUCUCUUCUAUUUUUGAUAACAAACCUUUACUAGUUUAUUGCAUUUACUGUUAUCAGACAACAUUUUUCUCUGUCUUUUUC